CAAAUCUGCAAAAUGGGAAACCAAACCGGCCGGACAUGGUUGUUUUUCAAAUGCGGUUAGAGUUGUCAGAGCCUGGAGCUCUGAAAGUGAGAGCACCUAACUGGAUUUCUCUGGGAAGUGAGGACCCAUUCGCCGCCGGCGGGGGAACGGUUAACUGGGUUUAAGCUUUAAGCCCCACUUCAAGUCGUCCCCUGAUUGCGAUGCCUCCAUCUCUUAUGAAUUCUUAGACAUUUAAAGUAGUUUGCGGUUGCACGAGAGGGUAGAUAUCUUCGCACAGGGAAAGGAGAUCUUUGAAGAUGCUUUUGAAGACGUUGGAUUUGUGUGAAAGUUGGUCUGACCAAUUAAUCAAUAAGGAGAAAUCAGCUCUCUUUUUAUCUAACAAUAUCAACAUUUCUAGAAGAAGGGGGCUAUUACGCUUGAUGGGUUUUGUGGAAGUAAAUUUUCCAAUGAUGUACCUUGGGGCUCCUUUGAUUUCUGGUCGCCUUACUGCUAUAAUACUUGAUCCGUUGGUGUUAAAAGUUCGAAAUAAGGUGGCAAGUUGGAAGAUAAGGUUGUUGUCAUAGGGAGGUCGCCUCAUCCUUAUUCGACAUGUUUUAUCUUGCAUGGCAACUCAUACGCUAGCGAUUCUCUCAGUUUCUUUGGUGGUGGUUAGAAAUAUUAAUUCCAUUCUUUAUUCUUUUCUCUGGGGAGAGUAAUGGUUGGGCGAAAAUGAAAUGGUGUGGUCGGUCAAAGGUUUACAAACCCUUAGUUGAAGGGGGUGUCGGCAUAAAAGACUUAAAUGAUGUUCAAAGAUCUUUUCACAUGAAGUUUGCUUGGAGACUGAUGACGUUAGAUAAUCUUUGGACCUGUUUCUUUAAGGCUAAAUACGUUAAAACAAGUCACAUGGCUUCUAUCAAUUACACUCCUACGAGCUGUCGAUUUUGGAAGACAAUCUUAAUGAUCUUUCAGAAGUCUAUGAGAAUGUUUAUGUGAAGGUUAGAGAAGGAAAAACUUCUUUUUGGUUUGAUAAGUGGUUGAGCAGUGGUCCCCUUGCAAAGUGUUCUCACACGGUCCAACAUCCUGAGUUUAAGAUUCAAGAUUGCUAGGAGUCGGAGAAUUGGGAUACUGAUAUGUUGAAAGAUUUGGUAGGAGUCCCCAAAAUGGAUGAGAGUUUGUUAUCAUCUAUAAAGCAUAAAUCGGGGGUUUGACGUGUUUAUUUGGAAUUCCAUAGAUGAAAUAUUUUCAACUACCUUGGCUUGGGAGGUGAUAAGAGUUAAAGGGGAGUAGUACCUGUGGAUGGAGUGGGUCUGGCAUAAACUUCUACCUAAGAAAGUAUCGAUGUGUAUAUGGAAAGUCAUGUUCCAAUAUCUUCCUAUAGAUGAGAGAGUGCGGAAACUAGGAAUUGAUAUGGUCUCAUGUUGCAACUGUUGCAUGGCUAGAAAGGAGGAAUCUCUCAAUCAUGUUCUGAGGACGGGUUCCAUCGCAAGUAUGGUCUGGAAGGGAGCAGCAUUUGUCUUGGGAAUUCUAAACUUUGAUGAUGAACCUUGGAGGGUGAAAAUUAGUAGAUGGUUCAAAUGCGCCAAAAAAUCAACUCAAAAAGGUACGAUCAUCGGUUUGUUACCUACUAUAAUUUCUUGGAGACUUUGGCUUAGACGUUGUAAAGCCCGCAUGAAUGAUAAGUAUGAGUUGGGGAAUGCUAUUUGGUUAUUGGUGAGGUUUUAGCUCGCUAAAAUUGUAGAAGGCGUGGAGGGUUCUCUGUCUUCUAUAGACAAGAAUUUAUUGGAAGAGUUCUAAGUGAAAUCGAUAACAUCGAAGGUUAGAUCUCCUCGAAAAGUUGUCUGGGAAAAGCCUCCAGUAGGUUGGUUGAAGCUAAAUAUUGAUGGCUCUUGUAGAGGAAAUCCGGGUUCUUGUGGUGGUGGUGGUAUCAUCCGCGACUUAUCAGUGACUCGGAAUUGGUGGUGGGAUGGAUCACAUCUGGAAUUUGCUCUUCGUGAUACUUGUGGGACUUUUGGGAAUUGUUAGAGGAGCUACAAGAUCUUCAGUUCUCUAUAAAACACUAAUUUAGAGAAGGUAAUCAGGUGGCGGAUUACUUGGCUCGUCAAGGCGAGGGAGGCAAUACGAGGAGAUAUUUUGUAGGUAAUGCGCUGCCGAGUAAAAAAAGAGGUCUAAUUCGGAUGGAUAAGAUGAGUAUUCUAAGCCUUCGCUUUCAAAUGUCUUCAUUUGAUUCUCCUAUGUUUUCCUCAGGUUUUGUUUUGCAGGUUUUUGUCUCCAGUUUGCAGGUAUAUUGUUUAUUUUGUGUUUGUUUUGUUUUGCUUCAUAUGAUCUUGUUUAGUUUGUUUUAGUUGGAUUAUGGUACGAGUUUUGUUAGGCUUGUUUUGGUUUUGUUGCCUGGGAUGGUUUUGCUUGUUGAUUUGUAAUUCUCUUGUGGCAUGUUUGUAACCAUGGUUUUCCUUUGCCAUAAGUGAGGACUAUUAAUAAAGUUGGGGUUUUUUGUUAAAAAAAAAAAUAUCUUAUUACAUAUCAAGAAGUAAUGGGUCAUAUUGUUUCAAUGUCCAUAGGAGUUCAAAUCUUACAAAUACUUGAAAUUUAAUAAUUUAUCUUUUUAAAUUUUUAUUAGAUACGGAUUGGGUUUACUCCAUCUUAGGUGUAGGAUCACUUUUAAAGCGGGUAACGCUCGCUCUUGUGGAAUGACCAUUUGCCAAGGACUGGUGUUGGAGAGAUUCUGUAUUAUUGGUUUGAUCAUUGAGCUGAACUAUGAUGUUUGAUUCUCUCAAAGUUGCUAAACUACCUGUAAUUUGGAUGUUUAUAUUAAUGAUUUCGUAACCAUUCUGAUUUUGAAGUAAAAAUUGAGUUUGAAGCUUGAUGCACUUUGCUGUAUGUAGCUAUGAUAGCAGCGAGUGUUAUCAGGAUUCAGAAAAUUAUUUCUUUCUUGUUUCUGAACUGAUUUAUAUUUUCCUAAAUCUACAUAUUUUAAUAUUAGAUUGUGGGCCAACAAUGUAAAUCAAGCUUUAACACGCUUCUGCACAUGCAGCCGGAUAGCACAUAAAGAGAUAAACAAAUGAUAAAAAAUACCCACUUUAGGGAAUAUAAUAAUAAUAAUAACUUUUAAAUAAACGCAGGCUAUGAGACUAGAACCAGAACCUCCUUGUAAUAAGCUUUGAUAUCAUGUUAGAUUUUCACUUUAUCUGAACGUUUAAACUAUUAGGUUGUGGGCCAACAAUGUAUAUCAAACUUUAACAGGGACUAAGGCUUGUUAUUGUUGUCGUCAUUGAGGUUUUGACAUUUUGGUUGUUUAUUGCUACUCUCUCUCUGAUUUAGAGUUUGUGUGUGUGCACGCAUGCAUGGCAAGACCUUUGCACCUUCUUCUUGUUACCAUUUCUAAUGUAAAAGUUGUUGGCAUACAUGGAUGAUACAUCAUUACUUCAACAUUGCCCUGCCCUUGUCUUAUGUCACGUAUAGGCAAUAUAAUAUUUGCUGCUAAAAUGGCUACUCUUAUUCAAGCCUCUUACAUUAACGACAUCCUAUGUGUGUGUGUGUGUAUUGGAUAGGAAAUAAUUCUUUUAGCCAUACAAAACCAAAACUAAAAUCAUUUGAUCUAAGUUGCAGGUGUUGACACAUUUGCUGGGCUAAUAAUUAACUUGUAAAAGCAUUCAAAGCCCUCACAGUAUAACCAGCAAGUCCUGCUAUAUGAAAAUAUUAUGUUGCAUAGCUUCCUGUUCCAUCUGAGAGACAACCUUCAGAACAGCCCUUACAGUCCUCUGCAAUGAUGCUUAUGAAUCGUAUUAGAUGUUGUUCAUCCUUGUCGCUGCAUAUACUCAAAUCUGGAGAUACAUUUAGGCAAACAAGGAUAUACUCAAAUCAAGAUAUUCUUGAAUAUUCAAAGGUGGCUCAUGACUUGAAUCCUCUACAUUUCAAUUGUGAGACUGCCCAAAAUGCUGGAUUUAAAGAUCGGAUUGUCCACGGGAUGCUUGUUUCUGCUCUGUUUCCUCAGAUUAUUUCUUCUCAUUUUCCAGGAGCUGUUUAUGUUUCACAAAGCUUGCACUUCAGACAGCCAGUUUAUAUUGGAGAUGAGGUUGUUGGUGUGGUACAGGCAAUUAAUAUAAGAGAAAACAAGAAGAGAUACUUCACAAAGUUCUCAACGAAGUGCUUCAAAAAUGGUGAACUUAUUGUCGAUGGUGAAGCCAUGGCAAUCUUAUCAAGUCUAGCAGUGGAGCAAGUGCAUUCUUUGGGCUGAUUGAAUUUUGUUUUAUGGUAGAUGUCUGUAACAUAACAAACCAGGCGUGUUCAAUGCUCAGGCUAAGAAUAACUUUCCACUUAUUGGUCUGCUUCAUUGCUGCUCUUACGUUUGGUUUGCAUAACAGCUAUUUCUGGGAAUAUGAUGCAAUACAAUUAGAAUUUUGAGAGUAGAGGCAAUAGUUAUUCCUUGUACAUUCCUAUGGUAAAAUUUGAAAAAUAAUUAUUCCUUAUCCA